AGCAAACAGGGGCCCUUUAUGGUUAUGGCACAUUCAAGGGAAGAAACCUAUCAGGUGUCUAGUAAAGGUAAAAGGGUCCCGUGCUAAAUAUCCAGUUCUCUCCUUUAGCCCAGAAACACUGGAGUCCUAAAUUACCAACUUGCAAGCAAAUAGUUUAGUGUGACUUAUAUAGGAUCUCAUUUGCCCCAGAGCCUAUAAGAUGUUGGCCCAAUAAUUUGUAAACUUUAAGUGCAUUAUGAUAUAAAUGUAAGAUCCCCCAUUCUCUUAGGAGACCUUUAAUAGUAGUGUAAUACCGAUUUCCAUACAAUAUAACUUAAUAAAACCUGGAGAGUUAGGCCAGGGUUUAUAAAAGACUUUCAAUACGAGUAACCUUGAAUAAUAACUGAUAUUGAUAUGAAAGUUAAACCAAGACAAACCUUUCAGUUUUCUGCCGUUUACAUUUUACGGCUCCGUUUGCACUCAGUGGUUCUCCAAAGAUUUGUUCUGGUUUCUGUCGUCUUUUCCUCUGGCCCUUUGUUUAUAUGCUAUUUCCAUUCCUAGCCUGUUUUAUGGAAUCAUCAGAUGUGCGUCGGAUCUAAUUGGCUAUAUUAUUGGCAUGGAACUCAGCAAGUAUUCCAAGAAGAGGACGCCUGAUAUAGAUGCAGUGUUGGCAGGAAUAGGGCUUAUUACCUGUGCCCCUUUCUUCCUGUUCUUUAUAUUUAUGCCAGAGAUCAACAUACCUGUUGCCUAUGUUUUCAUUGCCGUCUCUGGAAUAUUACAAGCUAUAUGCCAAGUCCCGAUGCUUAACAUGAAACUGAACUUAGUGAGCCCAAAACUACGUGGAAAAGCCAAUGUUAUCCAGCUGUUCUUCUCAAAGCUGUUAGAAGGUAUUGGGCACGCAAUCUUUGUGAGCUUAGUCUCUCAUGAACUGCAGAAGAACAAUCCAUAUGUCACCGAGCUGAUGAGUUUGGAGUUUACUCUAGCAUUUUUUCCAUUUGUGGCAGUGAUCGGAGGGCUAUUUUUUUUCAUUACUGCUUAUUGCGUAAGGAAGAAAAAGAAAAUGGCAGAGAAGCCAAUGGCUAUAUAUGUCAUCAGUCAGAAAUAAUCGACGAGCGGAAUUACAGCAAGUUCCCACAAUUCCUCCAGCAAUUCUGCGCAGAACAGUCUGUUUGGAAUGAUGCACAUUCCUAGACGUAAAUGCAGACUGACCGCUUCACGGAAUAUUUGCAAGACGUCACCAGCGUAGCACAUGCGCAGAACUUAUAUUAGCUAUG